AUGGCAGAGGAGUACAAAGCAGGCUAUCCGUUGGCACCCGCCAACGAUUAUUCCCGGAGCGACGAAGAGGCGUUCGGAGCUACUUCCUCCAAACGCUGUCGCAAGAAGUGGAAGAAAUGGUUGUUGUACGGCGUGGCCUUCGCCAUUUUUCAAACCGGCAUCAUCGUACUCUUCACUUUGACGGUUAUGAAAGUCCGGACUCCCAAAUUCUGGCUUCAAUCCGCUAGCGUUUUUAAUGUUCAAACAACAACCACCCCCUCAUACAAUCUGACGAUGAAUGCUGUGCUAGCAAUCAAGAACACCAAUUUCGGCCCAUAUAAGUACGAUAACACCACCGUCUAUUUUUACCACAGGGGUAUUCCAGUCGGGAGUGCAUUUGUCCCGAAAUCGAAGGCCAGUUUCCGAUCCACCAAAAAGGUCAGGGUUGCAGUAAACCUGGUCUCGCCGACCAAUUUAGCCAGUAACUCCCAAAUGGCAAUUGAUAUAACUUCUGGGGUUUUGCCUUUAACCAGCCAGUCUGAAUUGAAUGGAAAAGUGGAGCUAAUGCUUGUGUUCAAAAAGAAGAAAGCUAUAGACCUGAAUUGCACCAUGGGCGUCGUCGUAUCAUCGCAGGAGCUCCAGAGUGUUAUUAAAGGCAACAUUGAGGUUGAACUGGUAUAUAACUUUCACGUAGAGAAUGGACUUUCGCAUUUCAGCUCCCACUUAUCGUACAAAAAUGCGAAGUCCUCUGAACUAGAUGUCGUGUGA